GAGAAAAUUCAACAUCGUCAAAAGCAACCUGGCCAUUCCACUGGCGUCAGUCUGACAGUCAGCAUGUCUGCCGGCGGGGCGGUUGCCAUCGCAAUAUGCGUUUUACAAAUAAGUAUCCUGGCAGCACAGUCUAUUCUAAGCUACUCCUCAGAGACAAUACAAGGAAGUGGGACCCUGUCCUCCAUAGACUGCAGAAUGAGCGACUGGAGCGAAUGGUCACCAUGUGACCCUUGCCUCAAACAAAUGGGAGAUGAGUAUGAGGCAGGAGUCCUCCAAAUGAGCUCCAACCCCAGAGAGAAACAUCCAAGUGCAGGCAGGUGCAUAAAGAGACGGCUGCUGUGUAACGGUGAAAAUGACUGCGGAGACUUUUCGGAUGAGGAUGAUUGUGAAAACGACCCCCGUCCCCCUUGCCGUGACAGAGUGGUGGAGGAGUCUGAGCUGGCACGCACAGCAGGCUCUGGGAUCAACAUUUUGGGAAUGGAGCCCCUGAACAGUCCUUUCGACAAUGAGUUCUACAAUGGCCUCUGUACCCGGGUCAGGGAUGGAAAUACCUUGACGUACUAUCGCAGACCUUGGAAUGUGGCAACUUUGGCCUAUGAAGUCAGAGCUGAUAAGAAUUUCAGAACCGAACAUUUUGAAGAACAAUAUCAAGCUUUCACAACUAUCAUGCAAGAUAAGGCCACCUCUUUCAAUGCAGAUUUCUCUCUAAAAUUCAUGCCCACUGAAAUUACUGAAAGGCAGACAAGUCAACCUAAAGAACAGGCUAAUGGAAAUGAACAGGCUGCUGGAGACAAACAGGUUAAUGGAAAUGAACAGGCUGAUGGAGACAAGCAGGCGAAGGAAGACAAUACCCCAAGUCAUAACCGUGAGAGCAUUCGCUUUAAGCUUAAUUAUGCCAAAACUGAAGCAUACCGACGAUUCUUAUCAUAUUCUUCACAAAAGGAGAAAAUGUUCCUGCAUGUGAAAGGAACAGUUCAUAUAGGAAGAUUUUUGAUGAGAAAUCGGGAUGUCAUGCUAUCAACAACUUUCUUGGAUGACGUAAAAGCUCUGCCAACUAGCUAUGAAAAGGGGGAAUAUUUCGCAUUUUUGGAAACCUAUGGAACGCACUACAGUAGCUCUGGGUCUUUAGGGGGACUUUAUGAAUUAGUAUAUGUUUUGGAUAAAGCGUCCAUGAAGGAGAACGAUAUUGAACUAAAAGAUAUACAGAAAUGCCUUGGGCUUAAUCUGGACUUUUCUAUAAAUGUUGGGGCUGAACUCACAGGACACCUUGAUAAGACGGAUUGCUUAAAGAGGAAGGAAAAUAGAAUUGUGAACAUCAAUCAAGAUAAAUUUAUAGAAGAUGUUAUUUCCUUCGUAAGAGGAGGGACCAGAACAUUUGCACCCAAGCGAAAAGAAAACCGUCGCAAAAGAUCUAACGCCGUUGAUGUGACCGACUUCAUAAAUUGGGCCAAUUCAUUAAGUGAUGCUCCUGCUCUCAUGAACCAAAAGCUGUCUCCUAUAUAUAAUCUGAUUCCAGUGAAAAUGAAGGAUGCGCACCAAAAGAAACAAAAUUUGGAACGCUCUAUAGAAGAUUAUACCAACGAGUUCAGUGUGCGCAAGUGCCGCCCAUGCCACAAUGGUGGGACAGUCGUCCUGCUGAACGGGCAAUGUCUGUGCACCUGCCCACUGGCAUUUAGAGGACUUGCCUGUGAAAUGCAGAAAUCGUAAAUUCCUCAAGAAUUGCCACAAAAGAAAAUCGAAUGUUUGGCUUCCCUCAGCUCUCUGUGGAUGAAAGAAUGCAGGGCACAAACUAAAACCCAAACCCGACCAAGCCCUCAGUGGUCCUGGAGCUAGUCCCUGCCAAGUGACACACGUUUAUGAAGAACCUACCCCUCUCCAAAGUGUUCUCUUCUUUUGAGGCCACUUUCCUUCUUUUUCUCAUUAAACUCCGACUUGCAUUUUUCUGUUCCCCUAAAGAGCAGACUCAUCAGUGAAAUACGCCAGGACUGCUUUCUCCCACGGGCAAUGCCAAUCUUUUGCUAACACAAAAAAAUCAAAUAAAAAGAGAACGUGGACUAAAAAGACUUAAA